GCAGGACGAAUCUAACGAUAGCCAGGUGACUAUCGGCCCGUUGGAACUUUCAAGCAGCGGGCGUUACAGGUGCGAAGUCUCCGCCGAAGCUCCUUCCUUCCAGACUGUGUCCGAUCAUGGCGACAUGCUUACAGUCGCCCUACCGGAAGAAGGACCUCGCAUCUCUGGAGGGAAGCCCCGCUACCAGAUCGGGGACAAAGUGAAGGUGAACUGUACUUCCGGUCUCUCGAAGCCAGCGGCGCAGCUGUCCUGGUACAUCAACGGCGAGCCGGCUAAAGACUCCUACUUCCGUGGCCCGUACGAAGAAGAAACCCGCGAUGGACUGGUUCGAACGACGCUAGGCUUAGAGUUCAGGAUCGAACGCAGGCAUUUUCGAAAAGGAGACCUGAAGCUGAAGUGCCUGGCCAGCAUCGGGACGGUUUAUUGGAACUCGAACGAAGAGAGCGUAGAGGGAGAGCGGCCGCAGAGACCGCCAGCACUGGAAGUCAAGGACACCAAGCCCCCCACCUCGAGGGCUGACAGGGUAUUAGAUUCGAAAUGGAUCCUGACUAUAUUUCUCGGAAUUCACGUGCUCAUCGCCAUGCCGCUCUUAGCAACCAGGUAGCGCUUUUAGAUGGAGGUGAAAUCAUCCCCUCAAAUUGAAAAUUUUAUUUAAUGUAUUUUUGUCCAGUUUUUUGCUCAAUUGUGGCAAAGAGCUCUGCGUGUUGUCCUAUUGAUUUAUUUCGACAAUAUCGGUGGAAAAAAAAUACAAUAUUUAUUACCAAUGUUUUUAUCAAAAAAUAUAUCAAAAGUAAAAAAAAAAAUUGUAUUUUUGUUUGAAAAAAGGCUGUAUUUAAUGUUUACUUCUCAUAAAGUUUUGCUGUAAAAAUAAUGUAUAUAUUUGGUGUAUCUAAUGCCUUUUAACACUAAGAUUAUGAAAUUCGUUUAAGGAAAUUAUCUAAUGAAUAAAUAUAAUUUUUCACGAAAAAAGCUUUUUUCUUCAUUAGUAUUAUAUAUAAGAUAUAUACGUAUAAAUGUAUUCAUAUGUGUUUAUGACAUUAAGAAAAAAUAUUUUUGAUUAUUAAUUAUUAAAACCGUUUAUUUAAUCUUAUUACUUGUAAAAUAUUUAUGUAAAUAAAAUAGAAAUUAUCGUAGAAGCGAUU